AAAAGUUGAAGCGUUUCCAACUUGAAAUAGCCGGCCAUUCUUUUUUGUCAGUAAUGGCUUCCACAUUUACUCCUCAAGCUCCAUAUUCUCUCUUUCUCAAAAGACAAAAUUAUGAAAAACUCCAGAGAAGAGAAGAGCAGCAGAGAAGUUUAAGAAGAUCAAGAACAAAACAUGGUAUAUUACAAGUUUUUGCUUCAAAAGGAGGAGAGGGCAAACGCCCAAAAGAGCCUCCAGGAGUUGAUACAAGAAUCCACUGGGACAACCCAGAUGAAGGUUGGAUUGGCGGUACUCAACAAACACAGCAAAACUUCAAUGCAGAAGAUGAGCAGAAGAACCUCUUGGGUGACAAAUUUGCUGAUCUUCUGAACAACUCUUCUGAUUCUCAUUACCAGUUCUUAGGAGUAUCCGCAAAAGCUGAUUUGGAAGAGAUUAAAGCAGCUUACCGAAGGUUAUCAAAAGAAUACCAUCCAGACACAACUUCACUUCCCUUAAAAGUAGCUUCGGAGAGGUUUUUGAAGCUAAGAGAAGUCUAUGACGUAUUGUGCAAUGAAGAGAGCCGUAGAUUUUAUGAUUGGACACUUGCUCAAGAGGCUGCCAGUCGCCAAGCUGAGAAAUUGAAAAUGAAGUUGGAGGAUCCUUAUGAACAAGAUUUAAAAAACUAUGAAUCUGUUCCAGACCUGGUAGAUCGCCUUGGUGGAAGAAAUUUGGAGCUAAGUGAUCAAGCAAUGUCAGCCCUCACCAUUGAUAUAGUUAUAAUUAUCUUUGCCAUUUGUUGUAUUGUUUAUGUGCUAUUCUUCAAAGAACCUUAUUAUUGAUUCAUUAGUAAUUAACAUUAUCAUUUUACUA